AUGGGGAUAAACGGACUUCUGAAAACUCUAGAGCAGCUCCAGCGACCCAUCUCGCAAGAUCUUUCCGAGUACAGGGAUAAACGUAUAGCCGUGGACACGUAUGUAUGGUUGCAUCGAGGUCUUCAAGCUGGCAAUGCUGCUAUGGACGUCGUCACGGGGAAGCCCACCAGUCUGCAUCUCAACUACUGUGUUCGGCGACUGGAAGUGCUCCUGUCCGCAGGAGUCGCUGAAGUCGUUUUAGUCUUCGAUGGGUGCCCUUUGCCUGCUAAGCUCGGUGUUGAAGACGAACGACAAAAGCGUCGCCAAGAAGCACGAGAGCUGGGUUUAGAGUAUCGGAAAGCUGGCAACCAUGCAGCUGCUCGUAAGAUGUUCACGCGGGCAGCAGACGUUACACCGGACAUGGCAGCAGAGCUCAUCUCACUGAUCAGAGGUGUCUCGAACCAGUUAGCCUUUCGCUGGAUUGUCGCGCCUUAUGAAGCCGACGCCCAGCUCGCGUAUCUUGCUUUGAAUGGGCUCGUCGAUGCUGUGAUAUCCGAAGACUCUGACCUCCUGCCCUUUGGCUGCCCCCAUGUUAUUUACAAGUUGGAUCUCGUCGCCGGUUCUGGACGUAGCNNNNGACAGCCGGCUGAAUGCGACAGGGUCGUCGUCAAUCUGGGGGUGAAGUGA